GAAGCCGGUCAACCGCCAGAUUCUGAUGUUAUAUGUGAAAGAGAAAUUUUGUGGAAAAGAUAGUGAUUAUUUAAUUUCUAAUUAAAUGAAUGAAAAAAAAUGUCUUUGAUACUUUAAUUGUAUUAACUGAGUAUCAUAUAAAGAAUAUCGGUUUAGAUGCAUGUACAUUUGCAAUUGAUGAAUGUGAUCUACAUAUUUAAUAUUAGAAAUAGAACAAACAGUAGCAUAUGUGAAAAGAAGUUUUAUGUAAGUUUUUAUUAUAUUACAUUCAAAUGAGUAAGGAGUCAAAUAAUUUAACAGAAUAUGAAACGGUUACGUGAUACCUUUUGAUACAAUAUGAUUACACAAUAUCGCCUAUCUAAUGAAAUAAAAAUUAAAAAAAUAUAUAAGAAAAUACAAAUUUGUAUUAUACAAAAAAUUAUAUAACACAAUGAGCAUAAAACAAAAUUCAGAGUUGAUUAUUUUUGUGACUCAUAUUGAACCAUGCCAUACAUUCCUCAGAAUAUGGGGUCAAAUUGAUAAAAAUUCUGGAACAUGUGUAGAACGUAUGAUUUUACCCCUUGUUGAACAAUUUACUAGACGUCAAACCUGUGUUAAAACUGAGUCAACCAGUUUGCGCAUAAAUGCUCUUUGCUGUGCUAAAUUUCAAAAUGAUGGAUAUUAUCGAGCAAGAAUAAAGCAUAUAAAUAAUAUUGAUAAUACUGUGCUUUUGCAUUUCAUCGAUUAUGGUAAUCUUGAAUUGUUUUCAAUACAAGAAAUACAUUUACUUGACGAUAUACCUGGUACUGAACCUUUACGAUCUUUUCCACCUGUGGCGUUUCAAUUUACAUUAAUGAAUUUAUUACCUGCAAAUGGUCAUUGGUCUAACGAAGUAAUUGAGUCAAUUCAGAAGACUCUAAUGUACAAUGAAUAUAAAAUUAUGAUUCGUACUAUAACCAAUAGUGAUAAUUUUAUUAAACUUGUGUACAAUAAUGAGGAUUUCAGUGAAUUGUUAAUCAAGAGAAACGUAGCAAAAAGAGCAACAUUGCUAGAAAUGUAUAGUUCAAGAGGUAUAACAGACCCUGAAUUGCUAUUAUAUGAAAAAGAUCUGAAUUCAUUAAAUUCUGCUGAAAAUGAAGUUGAAGAAUUUCAACAAAAUGUUUGUUCAUGCUGUGCAGCUCAGAAAAAGCAUACGAUGCACGCCUCUGUUCAAGAAGCUCUUGUAUUUAAGUCUCGCGUUUUGGAUGUAUCAUCAAAGUAUGAUGUAUAUGUUUCAUUUGUAGAAGAUGGUCCAUAUAAGUUUUCUGUGCAACUUCAAAGUACCACUCAGAUAUUGCGCGCGCUCAUGAGAGAUAUUAACAGUCAUCCUCUAGAGCCAUUACAAGAACCUCCAUUACCUGGAUCAGUAUGUCUAGGUCGUUAUACGCGAGAUAAGGUGUUAUGCAGAGCUGUUGUAAUGUCUGUUAUGGAAAAUAAGUGUAAACUUUACUAUGUCGAUUUUGGUCACACGGAAGUGUUACCAUACACAGAUAUUUUCAAGUUACCACCUCACUUUAUUAAUCCUAGAGUGCUUUCUAUUCGGUUCACAUUAAGCGGUGUACACGAAUUAAAUGUUACAGGUACAAUGAAAGAAUAUUUUAAACAAGUACUAGCAGGAAAGCUCCUUGUUUUGCAUGUCUGCCCACCAGAGGGACCACCUUUAAUACAAUAUGGAGACUUAUAUGUUAAUGGAAAAAACAUAAAAGACAUUCUUAGAGAAGCAUUUCCACCUCCAGUUAUGCUGACAACUAUAAAUUGUUUUACAUACCAAACACCAAAACCAUUAUUAGUAGAAGAUGUAGUAAAUGUCUAUGUUUCGUUUGUGGAAUCUUAUAAAAAAUUUUUUGUACGACUUGAGGAUUAUGUACCAUCUCUUGAAUUAAUAAUGAAUGAUUUAGCAAAUUUUUGUACAUCUGCACCUACUUUAAGUCUAGCAGAAUUAAAGGUUGGUCUUCCUUGUGCUGCUUUAUAUGAUGAUCAAUGGUAUAGAGCACAGAUUGAGAGCAUAAAUGGAGAAAAAGUAAGAGUCUUAUAUGUAGAUUAUGGUAAUGAAGAAACUGUAACUUUAAAGUCCCUUCGUUCAAUUCGUGCCGACUUAGUCAAAACAUUGCCAGCACAAGCUAUAAAAUGUACUUUGCAUGGUUAUCGAGUGAUUGAACCUACUCAAGAGACUCACAAUCGGUUUGAGUCGUAUACUUUGGAGAAACGCUUCCAUAUAAAAGUUGUAGAUGUAACUUCUAAUGGUCUAGUGGUAGAUUUAUAUGAAAAAGAGCACAACAUGAAUAUUAUUUCUGAAUUGUUUCAUAUAGUUCCAGUUGAACAUGUAAAAAAUCAGUACUCUUUUAAACUGAUUUUGAAAACUGAUGGAAAUGAGGAUAUAAGUAAAUGGCAUAAAAAGAAUCAAUCAAUAUCACUGCACCAAACACAUAACAGUAGUACUGAUCAAGAAAAGAAUAAGAUUAAAAUUUUGAAAAAUGAAUCAAGUAAUAAUUUUCAUCAUAAUGAUUCACAAAAUGAAAAAUUUAACAGAGAUGAGUCUUCUAAUAAUCAUAGUACAAAAGAUAAAUGGAGCAAUAGUAAUGGAGCAAGACAUGAUGGUAAUGAUUCGUCUAAAAUCGGGAAAGGUACCAGAGGUAAUAGAAAUAAAGAUUCAGAUACAUCAUUUAAGAGCAAUACCAAACAUGGAAAAAGUAGUACUAAUCGUGGUAGUUGUUCUAGACGUGGAGACAUUUCUGAAAGAAUGCAAAGUAACAAAUGCAGUGAUAGAAAUAACGACGGAAAUUAUAAAAGUGGGAAAACAAAUGGCGAUCAUGAUAGUAAUAAAUUUAAAGAAAGAAAAGGACAAGGAUAUAGGCUUGUACAAAAUAAGUUAAACAUCGUUAAUUAUACCAAUGAUGAAAAAAGACAAAAUUCUAUGAAACAUACAAAUGAAGUUUAUAUUCCACGUCAUCUUAUAACUAUUGGAGUUAUAAAAUCUUCUGAAGUAGUUGUUGUAAAUAGUCUCUGUAACUUUUUUUUACAAAUAAAUUCUGAUUAUAUUGCUUUAGAGACUAUGAUGGAAAAUAUUCAAUUAAUAUAUCAAAAUGGAGGAGGGUUACUAGAAAAAUCUGACAUAGUUCAGGGCACAUAUUGCAUUGCUCAGUAUUCAAAAGACCUAAAAUGGUAUAGAGCUGUAAUCAAAUUCAUUAAAGAAAAUAGUGCAACUGUACAAUUCAUAGAUUAUGGCAAUAUGGAAACAGUUACAUUUGAUAAAAUGAAACCCAUAAAAAAGGAAUUUUUGAAACUCCCAAUACAAGCUAUACAUUGUAAACUAUUUGGUGUAAAGGAUGAUAAUUUUAAGUCAAACAAUAUAAAAGCUUUUGAGAAUUUAGUUAUUAAUAAAGCUGUAGAAGCAGAAUUUAUAGGUGAAGAAAAUGGUAUGUACAGUGUCUUAUUGAGAAGAAUGUCUGAUAAUGGGCAAACAGAGAUUUUUAUAAAUAGAGAAUUUUGUGAGGAUACCAAACAAGAGAAUAUAACUAAAUGGACUACAAUUCCAUAUGCACCUGAAACUAAAAAAGACGUAAUUAUUACAUGGUUUACAAAUCCCAAUAAUUUUUAUUGUCAAAUACUCGAUAAUGAAAACGAAUUUAAGUUUAUGAUGAAUGAAAUUCAGAGGAUAUAUGUUACUAAAAAACCAAUUUCAUAUAUGUUACAGGUUGGAUCUCCAGUAGUAGCAAUAUUCUCUGAUGAUGGAGCUUUUUAUCGUGCAGAAAUCAUUGAAUUAAAUAAAUCAAAUGGUCAUCUUAUUCAGUACAUAGAUUUUGGAAAUAGUGCUAUAGUUCAUCCUCAGAACAUUUAUCCAGUAGAAAAGGAAUUAAUGCGUCUUCCUAAACAAGCUGUCCAAUGUUCAUUGCUAAAUGUUGCUCCACUAGAUGGAGUUGAUUGGUCUGAAGCAAAUACAAAAGAAAUUGAUAAUUGCUUUAAUGUUGACAAUUGCACGUGUGUUUUUCACGACAAAAAAGAUGAUAAAUAUUUAAUAUCGUUAAUUAAUAACGGAAACGAUGUAGCUAAGAUGUUAGCGAAACUAAAUCUUGCAUCACUAUCCAAUUCAGGUACUGAAUCAGAUGUUGAUGUUAUAGAUAAUAAUACUUUAACACCAAUAAUUAAAUCUAACAUAAGAAGAGUGGAUAUAAAUCUCUUAAAUGGUCAAGCACUUCGAGUAAAAGUUUCAAGUGUUCAAAAUAUAUCAGAAUUCUAUGUACAAUUACCUUCAGCUACUGAAUGUGAAGAUAUAAUUAAUACAUACAUGGCUGAAAAAAAUCUUGAGGUGAUGCAACGAUUAUCAAGCCAUGAGAUAUGCCCAGGCACAGGUUGUUUGGUUUAUUCAAAUGGAGUUUGGAGACGGGCGGUAAUCAGUAGCCAUUCACAAUCCACGGGCUUCAAUGUAAAAUUCAUUGAUACUGGAGCAUACCAUGAAAUUCUGUCAGAUAGUGUAUUAGCUUUACCAGGAGAACUUUCUGUAAUGCAGUACCAAUCAAUUAAAUGUUCCCUUAUAAAAAAUAUUAUUUCUGAGACAGAUACUAGAUUCAAAGAAAUGAUUGAGGGAAGAGAAGUAAUUAUAAGUGUGGAAGAAAUCGACAAUAAUAGACUUAUCGUAAAAUUAUUUGACCUAAAUGGUUGUAAAAUAAAGAUUCUCGAAAGGUCAGAUGAAAAAUUAUUACCAAUAUGUCCAUUGCCUAUUCUUUGUUCUACUCAAGAAGUAAUAGUGGCACAUGUAAAUCACUCUGGUAGUAUCUGGCUAAAAUGUACUGAAAACUACGAAAUGGAGAAAAGUUUACUUCGUGCACUCAAUAAGUAUUAUCCUAUUUCCGGAAAAAUAAUAAGACCGAAGGUGGGUCGCUUAUGCGCUGUGAGAAGCAGUAAUGGUCAGUGGUAUCGAGCUAAGAUUAUAAGUCAUUCUGAGAAAGGAGUUUGUAUAAAUUACCUUGAUUUUGGCACUUCUGUCUGUGUGCCCCAUAAUAGAGUAAUGGUGUUAGAUUCACAGUUUUAUACACCAUACCAGUUAGCUAUUAAUGUCUCACUAUCAGUAAUAAUUAAGGGUACAGUAUUUGAACAAUCAGAUAUAUUAGAACAUCAUUUGGUGAAGAAACUUCUUACCUGCGUUUUUUAUAAUGUUGACAAAAGAUGGGUAGUGGAGUUGCUACAUAAUGGGGAGAAGUUCAGUAGCAAAUUCCGUUCUCUUAAUUUAACAUCAGAACAAAAGAUAUAUGGAAUAAGAGAAUCUGGAAUUUAUAAUAUGGCAGAGGGUUGUAAAUAUAAAGUCUCUGUAGCUCAUGCAGAUUCACCUAGUCAGUUCUGGCUUCACUAUGCAGAUGAUAUCGUAGAUUUUCAUAGUAAACACAUGCAACUUCAACAUGAUGCACUUACAUUUCCAGAGGUAGAUGGAGUAUUAGAAGAAGGAAGUCUAUGCAUUGUUUUGAACACUAUAAGUAAUUACUGGUUUAGGGCACAGGUACUCGAUGCCGAUGAAGAUAUCACCACUGUUCGAUUUAUCGAUCAUGGAAAUACAGAUACCAUCAAUAAUAAAUCUGGAAAGAUUCGACAGUUGUCAGAUGAGUGGAAAGAAAUAAAGGGAUAUGCAAUUAAAUGCAGAUUAGAUGUUAUUCCUGCAGAAACAGAAGAUUGGAAUUCUGCAAUUUGUAAAAAAUUCGAAAGUUUAGUAAAAAUUGAUGGGCCUGUGGAAGCCAUGGUAAUAGCAAAUAGUGUUCCAAAACGAGUAGACUUGUUAAUAAAUGGUAAAAGUGUUAGUGAAAUGUUAGUCGAAGAUCAUCAUGCUGUAAAGAUUCAUACAGAAGAAGAAUUAAUAGAUGAAAUAGUUGACGUUGAAUUGGAUCCCUAUUCUGCUUUUGUAAGUCACAUUAACUCUCCAAAUGAGUUUUGGGUUCAAGAAGAAAAAUCUGUUGGUAAUUUAGAAAUUAUGACUGAUAGAUUUCUUGUAGCACAUAUGUUUCCCAAAGUGGAUGAAAUUAAAGAAAAUUUAUUGUGUGUUGCUAAAUAUCCUGAAGAUGAUUGUUGGUAUAGGGCACGUGUUGUAUCACACAGUGAUAGUGCUACACGAGUUAUAUAUAUAGAUUAUGGAAAUUCAGCUACCUCAACCGAAAUACGUGCUAUACCGCCAGAUCUUGCAGAUAUACCUCCUCUAUCAAGAAAAUGUCGUUUAAUUAUGCCAGAAGGGAUUACGAAAUGGUCAGAAAAAGCUUGUAAGGAAUUUGUAACAUUAGCAGCUGAUGGAGCAACUAUAUUUUUGUUAGACGUAAUUGAUGAAGGUGAAACAUCAUCGGUAAAAUUAACACUAGAUGGUAAAAAUGUAACAGAUAUGCUUGCAAACUUUUGUGAACGUCAAUCAUCGAUCAUAGAGAACCGAUUAUCUCCUUUGGGUGAAGAAAAUUUACCAAAUGUAUUUGUUAGUUGCAUCAAUUCACCUGAUGAAUUCUGGAUUCAAGCAGAAAGCAACACUACAGAUUUAAAUACAAUGUUAGAGAAAUUACAAGCAGCACCUAGUUUCCUUCUAUUAAGUAUAUUUGACAUUGGUACUAUUUGUGCUGCAAGGUAUUUAGAAAAUGGUCAAUGGCGCAGGGCAAAAAUUCUUUCACAUUCUGAAAAAGGUACUGAAGUUCUGUGCAUAGAUUAUGGCAACAUAAUGAUUACAAAUGAAACAAGGAUGUUACCAGCAGAUAUUAUAAAUAUCCCUCCUUUAUCGAAAUGUUGCUCUCUGCAAAAACCAAACAGUAUAAAUUCUUGGCCUUUAGAUGCUUGCAAAAUAUUUGAAGAACUUGCUGCAGGUGGAAAAACAAUGUUUCAGUUCGAGAUUCUUGAUGAUAUCAGUAAUCGUCCCUCUGUUAAAUUAAGUUUUAAUGGGAAAAAUAUUGCUGAUAUUUUAGUACCAUUUGUGCAAAAUAUAUCUGAAGAUGCUAUAAUAAAAGGAGUGAAUGAAACAAACAAGGGAGACGACGUAGAUAUAAAUAGAUUACCAGAAAAUAGUGAAAGCCAAAAUCAAGAAAUAGAAGAAAACACAGAUAAUUCAUGUCUGAAUACUAACUAUGAUGUAGAACUUACUGUAGAUGACAUAGUCCGAAAUAUGGAAGUGGAUAAAGAUGUACUGGAUAAAAGAGAAGAUGAAGAUGAAGAAAUUGACAAAAUAACAGAAAAUUUAGAACAUUUAAAGACACAAGCUGAAAUAGAGACAUGUAGUGAUAAAAAUGAAAUGCAAGACAUUAAAAUACAUGCUGAAGUAAAAACUGUGAGUGAAGAAGUUUUAUCAAGUACAAUACAGAACGUAACAUUGAAUACAAUUUCAGACUCAUCAGAUAUUAAAAGUGGCUUAGAAGAUGUUAAAAAAGAACAAGAUAAUGUAAUAAUAUCAAAAUCACAAAUAUGUAAUACUGAAAUGGAAAUAAGUGAACCAAAUAUAAAUAUUCAAUGUUCUGAGAGUGUUAAAGAUGAAAAUACAUCCAACUUAAAAGAAUUUGUGAGGGAACAAUCUGUAGAAACACCAGGGGAAACUACAAGGAAAGAUACUUCCAUAAGUGUUUUAAAAGAAGAAACUAACAUCUUGAGUAUUGAUGAAACAAAAAGAUCUAGUAAUAAAGACUGUUAUACACGAGACACUGAUGAAGUAAAUGUUAAUAUAAUGGGCUCUAAAGGUUGCUCCGAUGUAAGCAAUAGGCAGAAUGAUGAGCCAUUGAUCGAUGUGACAGUUUCUGAAAAGAUUACUGAUAGCCAAGAUGAUGAUCCUAAAAUAUCAGAAUGAUUACAUACAAACACUUCACGAUGCUGAUACUUGUGAAUGAUACUAAAAUUACUUCUUUGAAAUGAAGGUCACUUGUUUUUUUUAGAGAGAUCUACAUUUAAUUUAAAACUUUUUGUCUAUAUGAAUAAUAUCUUGCAUGAAAAAAACACAAAGAUUAUCAUAAAUACAUAGAGAAUAAUAUUAAAAUGUGCUUUUA